UUCGCACAAAAUAUUCAAUUCUUUAUUAGAAUAAUAUCUCCCUCGCUAUCGUAGUGCGUUUUUGCCCUAAAAACCCUAAAAACGCGAAACUUGGAGACGGAGAAGGAAAAAAGGCCAAAGCCAAAGCCGAAGCCGAGCGAAGACCAGCGUGAAUUUGGCGAUGGCAGCAGCCGCCCCAAGGAGCGUGGUGCCGCCGAACCGUACCAGAAGGGGCGGUGGCAUAGCGGCUCAAGACGAUAAGUUUGAGUUUGAGACGACGGAAGGAGUUGAGCCGAUUCUGAGCUUUGAUCAGAUGGGGAUCAAGGACGAUCUGCUUCGAGGAAUCUAUGGCUAUGGGUUCGAGAAGCCCUCAGCUAUUCAACAGCGAGCCGUUAGGCCUAUCAUUGAGGGACGUGAUGUCAUAGCCCAGGCUCAAUCUGGUACCGGAAAGACCUCCAUGAUUGCUCUUACUGUUUGUCAGCUCGUCGAUACAUCCACUAGAGAGGUCCAGGCAUUGAUUUUGUCACCAACGAGGGAAUUGGCCGCUCAGACUGAGAAAGUGAUAUUGGCCAUUGGUAGUUACAUAAAUAUACAAGCUCAUGCUUGCAUUGGUGGUAAAAGUGUUGGUGAGGAUAUCAGGCAACUAGAAUAUGGAGUCCAUGUGGUAUCUGGAACUCCUGGUAGGGUCUGCGAUAUGAUCAAGAGGCGAACCCUACGUACCAGAGCCAUUAAAUUAUUAGUUCUUGAUGAAUCUGAUGAGAUGUUGAGUAGAGGGUUUAAGGAUCAGAUUUAUGAUGUGUACAGAUAUCUACCUCCAGAGCUUCAGGUUUGCUUGAUUUCUGCUACCCUUCCUCACGAAAUCCUGGAGAUGACAAGCAAGUUUAUGACAGAUCCUGUGAAAAUUCUUGUUAAACGUGAUGAGUUGACAUUGGAGGGUAUCAAGCAAUUUUUUGUUGCAGUUGAAAGAGAGGAGUGGAAAUUUGAUACUCUAUGUGAUCUUUAUGAUACCCUUACAAUUACACAAGCUGUUAUCUUCUGUAACACAAAGCGGAAGGUUGAUUGGCUCACUGAAAAGAUGCGCAGUAACAACUUUACAGUCUCAUCCAUGCAUGGAGACAUGCCUCAAAAGGAACGAGAUGCAAUUAUGGGAGAGUUCCGGGAUGGUACAACCCGUGUUCUCAUUACAACGGAUGUUUGGGCCCGAGGCCUCGAUGUUCAACAGGUAUCCUUGGUUAUCAAUUAUGACCUUCCAAACAAUCGAGAACUGUACAUUCAUCGGAUUGGUCGAUCUGGUCGAUUUGGUCGCAAGGGUGUUGCAAUAAACUUUGUUAAAAGUGACGACAUCAAGAUUUUAAGGGACAUUGAGCAGUACUACAGUACCCAGAUUGAUGAAAUGCCAAUGAAUGUUGCUGAUCUCAUAUAAACACGUGUUGGCCAUUUGUGUGUGCGUGUGGAGUGGAUGGAAGUGAUUGUGGUAUCUUUGCUGUUACUGUGAUUGACGAAUCUGUGCAGUUUUAUUUUUGUCUUCUUUUAUCGUUCACUUUGCCAUGGAUUAUAAAUGCUAUUUUGGGGGAGUUCAAUCUGUGGCUUCUGCACAAAUUUUAACGAUUAACCUGUUAGAGAGUAGUUUCUUUGUUAAUUUAUUUUUCUUAAUGGAUUAUGUAUUUUAUCUGAUGUUCAAGUAAUUAAAGAAUUUGGGAUGAAAAGGAAAAUUUUGUGGUA